CACGUAUAUAUAGUUUGUGUGUGCCUGCGUUGUCAGGGAAGGAAUUAGUGAAAGAGAACAAGGAAAAAAAAAAGUUGGUAACAAGGAAAAAAUGGAGUCGUCUUCGUCAUCGUCAGCAUCAUCAACAAAACAACCAAUAUGGAACGAGGAGAAGAAUAAGAAGACAGCAGAUCUGGAUUCACCACUGAAUGCUAUCGGUUUCGUGAUUGAUGAAGUGUCACCAGAGAAAGUCAGUGGCCGGUUACAGGUUACAGCAAAGUGUUGUCAGCCUAAGGUGUUACAUGGAGGAGUAUCAGCGAUGAUAGCUGAAGGGAUAGCGAGUAUGGGAGCUCAUAUGGCAUCUGGUUACAGAAGAGUAGCUGGUAUCCAAUUGACCAUCAAUCAUCUCAAACAAGCUGUUCUUGGUGACCUUGUCUUUGCUCAAGCUUCUCCUAUCAGUCUUGGAAGAACUAUUCAGGUAUGGGAUGUGCAGUUCUGGAAGAUGGAUCCAUCAAACUCGGAAAAGAGAGUUAAGAUAGCCUCAUCCAGAGUUACUCUUCUAUGCAAUAUGCCGAUUCCGGAUAAUGCCAAGGAUGCAGCUGAUGCUCUUAAAAAGUAUGCAAAAUUAUAGUUGAAAGCUCCUUUUCAGAGCCCUUGUUGUUGUUAAUGAAUAACAAGAAAACAGCAAUUAUAAAUUAUAAAUAAUAGCAAAAAAUUGGAGCCAGCAAAUCUAGCGGGUAUCUGUUGUGCUAUUUCUGUUUAGCGAAAACUCGUUGCACAUAAAUAAACAUGGUAUUCGUGUACCAUAUGAUUUAAAUAAAUGCAAUGUGAAAUAUAUUUGACUGGGUUCGAAUAGCUA